AUAAAUAUUAACCGCAAGGGAUAAAAAAUUUAAUCCCACCAAAAAGCCCGAGACCACGGUAAGCUCUUCUGUUCUUCUCUUUUUCUUUUCAGAAAAAAAAGGAAGAACAAGAUCACAGUUUGUUGUGCUAAAAGUAGGAAAAUCCAAUCCGUGCCGGACUGUCCAAUCCAGUCGAAUCCCAUCCCAUCCAGCCGUUGAUUCGGAAUCCAAGUGAGAGAGACAGUGAGCUCAGAAACAACCAAUCAAAUCAUUAGAAAUAAUGAUUCAUGCCACAGAGGAAACACCGCGUUUCACUUGUUGAUGCGACGGCGACCGCGACGGCGUUUGGGAGUGCGAGUGCGAGUGGGACUUCGCAUUUGAUAUUGACACUGCAACAACAACCGGAGGAGGAGGAAGGGAAGAAGAAGGAGAAGGAUUAGUGUUAAUUGUGGUUGAUUGUGGUGGAUUUGGUGCUUAAUCGCGGCAAUGAAAUCGGAUUAGAAGGGGCUGGCGGAGCAAUGAAGGGCGGGGUUGCGGGUGGUAGCUAUUCCGGGAAGCGGCGAUGGAAGGGGUUGGUGAUUGGAGUGUUGGGUCUGGUUUUUCUUUCCAUGCUCGUUCCUCUUCUCUUCCUUCUCGGCCUUCACAAUGGCUUUCACCCUCCCGGAUAUGUACCAGAACAACGAAAUUCGCCUUCAAUUGGAGGAUAUGGUACAAAAAUCAUCAUAAAUGCUUCUAAUCUGUCAGUGGGGGGUGGUUCGAAGCAUGUAGAUGAUUUCGUGAAAAAUUUCACACCAACCCUUUCAAAGGAUAUACUAAAGAAUAUUUCACAUAAAGCUGAAAAUGAAACCAAAAAUAUCAGUGCCGUUCACAACAAUGAACAAGCCAGUGUGGUUCACAACAAUGAACAAACCAGUGUCGUUCACAGCAACGAACAAGCCAGUGUCAUCCACAACAAUGAACAAUCAAAAGUAACUGCAGGAGUUUCAGCUCCACCUCAUGAUGGUCCGCACUCACUUCCCAUUGAAAAUAACUCUAAAGCUGGUAACUCACCUCAAAUCAUUGAUUAUGCGAAAGGUGGUGUGGAUCAAAGUGGAAAAUCAUGCGAGUUGAAGUUUGGGAGCUACUGCCUUUGGCGUGAACAACAUAGAGAAGACAUGAAGGAUGCUAUGGUGAAGAGAUUGAAGGAUCAACUAUUUGUGGCUCGAGCAUAUUUUCCUAGUAUCGCGAAACUUCCAUCACAGGACAAGUUGUCUCGUGAGUUGAGACAAAACAUUCAGGAGGUGGAGCGUGUUCUUAGUGAAAGUACUACAGAUGUUGAUCUUCCCCCACAGAUUGAGAAGAAGCUACAGAGGUUGCAAGCUUCAAUAGCCAAAGCCAAAACAUUCCGCGUGGAUUGUAAUAAUGUUGACAAGAAACUGAGACAAAUAUAUGAUAUGACUGAGGAUGAAGCUAACUUCCACAUGAAACAAAGUGUCUUUCUCUACCAACUGGCUGUCCAGACUAUGCCAAAGAGCCACCAUUGCCUGUCAAUGAGACUGACUCUGGAAUAUUUCAGAUCUUCUCUUGACGAUACCGACUCCUCUCUGGCUGACAAAUACGUUAAUCGUGCAUAUCAGCACUAUGUCAUAUUCUCCACUAACGUACUUGCAUCCUCAGUUGUAAUCAACUCAACAGUAAUGCAUGCAAAAGUAUGUAGGGAAACUGGUUUUCACGUGCUCACGGAUCAAGAGAAUUACUUUGCAAUGAAACUCUGGUUUUUCAGAAAUACUUACAAGGAAGCCACGGUUGAGGUGUUAAACAUUGAGCAGCUUAAUCUAGACAACCGCAAACUAUAUCUUUCACUGCCUUUGGAGUUCCGUGUUUCCUAUAGCAUUGAUGCCCAAUCCAGAACGGAAUACUUAUCUACUUUUUCUCACUCGCACUAUCUUCUCCCUGAGAUAUUCCAGAAUUUGGAGAAAGUUGUGGUUCUGGAUGAUGAUGUUGUUGUCCAGCAGGACUUGUCUGCACUAUGGAGCCUCAACAUGGAAGGGAAAGUUAAUGCUGCUGUGCAGUUGUGCUCAGUGAAGUUAAGUCUCCUGAAGAGCGUUCUUGGCAAUAACAGUUUCGAUAAAAAUUCAUGCGCUUGGAUGUCUGGAUUGAAUGUGAUUGAUCUGGUUAAGUGGAGAAAGCUCGAUCUCACUGAAACUUACAAAAAGUUUGUAACGGAGGUGACAACGCAAGAGGGGGGAAAUGAAGCCGCUGCUCUGCAUGCAAGUUUGCUUACCUUUCGGGGCUUGAUUUAUCCUCUUGAUGGUUCAUGGGCUAUCUCUGGGUUAGGUCAUGACUAUAACAUAGAUGUUUAUCCGAUAAAGAAAGCCGCAGUGUUGCACUAUAACGGGAAGAUGAAACCUUGGUUUGAGUUAGGGAUCCCAAAAUACAAGGGUUACUGGAAGAUUUUUCUGAACCGAGAAGAUCAGUUCUUGAGCGACUGCAAUGUGAAUUCAUGAUGAGCUGAUUGUCUGUGUUCACUACCAGAGGUUAUAUGAAACACGGGGGCUCCAGAAGCACUAACCGAUGGAUGACUUAUUUUUUGGGUGCUGAGAAUUUUGUUAUCAAAGCUUCCAAGGCGAGGAAGUGACACCUGCCCCGAGUUUCACACACAUCAAGUUAAUUCUUUUGGUAAAUAAAGGACUCAUAAAAUUUUAUUUUUCUUUCUGGAAAUAGCAGAAGGACGAAGCUCCCGGUAUGGCAGCUGAAGCUUCUGAGGUUACCGCAGUAGGAGAACGAAAGGUGAUCCGACGGACAGUUCCGGUGGAAGUGAUUUGAAGGGGAAGUUGUAUGCUUAAGAAGAAAGCUGUGCAAAAGGAAAGGGUGGUAGCUAUUAUUUGUUUGUCCAAUGUGAUUCAAUUACCAUAUUGUAUUUUUAUUUAAUUUAAUUGUUUUCAAUUUUUUUUUUUUUUGGUGAUAUCAGGGGACUAAUUCCUGUAUAAAUUGUAUUUUGUUGUUCUCUGAACAAAUCAAUUUAAUCAUUAUCAAAAUUGUGUGUUGUCGUCUUCA